GAGAGGGGGCCGAAGGAGGACGGAGGAUGCAGAGCAGCCCGUCCCCGCUCCGCCCGUCCCGGUGCCGGAGGCGGAGCCAUCGCCCGGCGCGGCGGCAUCGGGAGCCACGUCCUGCCGAGGAGCAGCGGGACCGGGACCGGAGCGGUGCCGGAGCCGCAGCGCCGUGGCCGCCGCCCACGAUGUGGUGGGACGAGCGGGUGUCGGCUCAAUUCCGGAGGAACCUGCAGCCCACCCUCACCUACUGGAGCGUCUUCUUCAGCUUCGGGCUCUGCAUCGCCUUCCUGGGGCCAACGCUGCUGGACCUGCGCUGCCAGACCCAGAGCUCCCUCUCCCAGAUCACCUGGGUCUUCUUCUCCCAGCAGUUCUGCCUCCUGCUCGGCAGCUGCCUCGGAGGGAUCUUCAAGAGGACGUUAUCUCAGUCCUUGUUUGCACUCUUCGCCUCGUCGCUGGCGAUCUCCUUAGUCUUUGCCAUCAUCCCUCUGUGCCACAAUGUGGUGGUCCUGGCUGUGGUCCUGGCUGUGGCAGGACUGGCCAUGGGCUGCAUCGACACCAUCUCCAACAUGCAGCUGGUGAAGAUCUACCAGAAGGACUCGGCCAUCUUCCUGCAGGCCCUUCAUUUCUUUGUGGGCUUUGGAGCGCUGCUGAGCCCCCUGAUAGCUGACCCCUUCCUCUCGGACACCAACUGCAUCCUCUCAAACUCCACAGCCAACGCCUCCAGCAACCUCCCUCACAUCCGCAAGUCCCUGGUCCCACACCAUCCGGGCAACCUGUCUCACUAUGACCUGCCGAUGAAAGGCAUGGUGGUCACACGCGUCUCCUACGCCUUCUGGAUCAUGGCCCUCAUCAAUCUGCCUGUCCCCAUCGCGGUGUUUUUCUUGCUCUACAAGGAGCGGAUGGUGCCGUGCUUCAACAGCAGCAGCCACCCGCUGCUGUCGGCCGACGAGCUGGCGAUGGAAGCGCGGCCGGCAGAGAAGGAUGAUCUCUCCACCACUGUGCAGAAACCCCAUGGAGCUGGAGGUCAUGAUGACUUAUUUAGCUGCUGCCAAAGCAAAAACUUCAGAGGGGCUUCUUACACCUACUUCGCAGUCCACAUCACUGGGGCUCUUGUUCUCUUCAUGACUGAUGGGAUUGUGGGAGAGUAUUCAGGCUUCGUUUACAGCUAUGCGGUGGAAGAACCCCUCUCUGUAGUCCACAAAGUGGCCGGCUACCUGCCCAGCCUCUUCUGGGGCUUCAUCACGCUGGGCAGGCUCAUCUCCAUCCCCGUGUCCUACCGAAUGAAGCCGGCAACUAUGGUCUUCAUCAAUGUGGUUGGAGUUCUGAUAACCUUCCUCCUGCUCCUGAUCUUCUCCUACAGCGUCGUCUUCUUGUUUGUGGGGACAGCAUCCCUGGGUCUGUUCCUCAGCAGCACUUUCCCCAGCAUGCUCGCCUAUACUGAGGACAUCCUGCAGUACAAAGGCUGUGCCACAACUGUGUUGGUGACCGGAGCUGGGAUUGGGGAGAUGGUGCUACAGUUACUGGUGGGAUCGAUAAUACAUGAUCGGGGCAGCUACAGCUUCCUGGUCUGCGGGAUGAUCUUCGGAGGUUUGGCCUUUACCUUCUACACUUUCCUCCUGUUUUUCCACAGGAUGUACCCCAAGCCCUCAUCAGGUAUGGACGAUGCCUCACCCGACAAACCAGCAGUAACGGAUGACACCGGACAGUAUCAGCGCUAAGGAAGCGGCUAAGCCCCAGACCAGCAAUAAACCACCACACAAGUAAGCAUUACUAGUAAGGAUGAUUUCACAUUUAAUGACUGAAUCAUGCAAGUUUUCUGCAAUCAAAAGCACAUUAGAUUGGGUGAAAAUCAAGAAAACAUCCUAAACCACUACGUCAAGCAAAGCACAAGCUGUCCAUCUCACUUGUACCAAAAAGAAGAUGAUAAGCGUCAGACUGACCCUGUGUCCCUGUGGAGGGAUGCUGGGAGAACCGUUACUCCUGCAAAUGAACUUUCUUGCCAAUUCAGGAUGGAGGGUGGGGAGGAAGAAGAUCUCCUUUUUCCUUAUUUAUGAGACUGAAUAUCUCCUGGCUUAGCCGUGGAACUUAACAGAUUUUUCUUCCGGCCUGUAAAGUACAGAAGGCCUUACAAUUUACAGCACAAUACUGGAUUUGGAUUAAUUUAUGUGCACCACUGCCACGUCCACGUAUACGUCCCAAGGGGAAAACUGACACAAUUUGAACCCACCAAGCGCACAGCAGUAGCAGGACCGGACCUAUCUCUAUUUGCACAGUAGAUUCUUAUAUCUAACACAGUAUCACUACGACACUGUCUUAUUCAGCAUGCUAGGGCCUCGAUUAUUAAAAUCAUUAGCUAUUUUUUUUGGUUUUUUAGAGUCAGGAAUGAGUUGCAAGGGUUUGUUUUGCUUUAAGUCACUAGUUUAGCUGCUACAGUUGCAGUGUCUCUUAGGGUGGUUUUAUUUCUAGCUUCCAGUCGAAGCUCCACCAGAGGUAUUUGGGAGCCAGGCUCCAGCUGCUUCAUCAGUGCAAUACUUCCUCUACCAGGUGCCUUCUGCAAGGUACUCGUGUAACCUACGCAUGCUCUGUUCCCAGCUAUGAGGAAAGGACCGCCUUUAGGAGGGUGUAAAGCUAUAUCCAUCAGUUUGUUUUUCCAGUGAAUGAUUGGACAUGUACCUUUUGCUUUAACUGCUGUAUGUGAAUGUACAUAUGUACGUGUGUAUAUAAAGCAGUGUCUAAUUAAAGGUGAUUGAUUGCUAGAUUGUCAGCAUGACUGGGCGGGGGUACCUUAAGCUGUUGCUGGUCAAGACUAUCAAUCAUCUGUACCUUCACCACUUCUGGCUUUCAGACUCCAACAAAUCAUAGAAUAGUUUGGGUUGGAAGGGACCUUAAGGCCCAUCCAGUCCCACCCCCUGCCAUGGGCAGGGACACCUCCCACUGGAUCAGGGGCUCCAAGCCCCAUCCAACCUGGCCUUGAACAUCUCCAGGGAUGGGGCAGCCACCACUGCUCUGGGCAACCUCAUAGUGAAGAAAUUCCUCCUUGUGUCCAGUCUAAAUCUGCCCCUCUCCAGUUUACACCCAUUGCCCCUCAUCCUGUCACUCCAAGCCUUUGUGAACAGCCCAUCCCCAGCUCUCUUGUAGCCCCUGCAGGUACUGGAAGGUUGCUGUAGGGCCUGUUCGGUGGACACCUGACAGCUGUUUAAGUUCAAGUGCUUUUACCUUUUCUAUGCAAGCAGUAGGACUUAAAUUCCAUAAAAUAUCUCCACAAGCUCCCAAGCGUGUUC